ACUCUCUGUCAAAGUGAGGGCUUCUUUCGGGACCCCAAGGAUUGCGUCCAAUUCUACCGGUGCGUACCCGACGAGCAGUCCGGCGGCGCCUUUCGGAUCUACCGGUUCGCCUGUCCGGCCGGCACCGUAUUUGACGAGAGGAUAUCGGUGUGCAAUUGGCCCCAUUCGGCCCCACCCUGUGAUACCCGAUCCCCCGGUCAACCACCGCAACAACAACAACAACAACCACAACCCCAACACCAGUACAGCAAUGGUGUACAGCCGGUGGCCAGGAGUCAGACAGUGGACAACCAGUACGCCAGCCCUGGGGUCAGCGCUCACGUCAGUUAUGAGGAGCCGGAACAGCCGGUAGAGGACUCCCCGUCCGAUUCCUAUGAGCCCGAGUCGGUACAACCUGCCGAACCUCAAGCUGCCAGACCCUCCCGUUCCCGGACUACUGCUCGACCUGUGUUUAAGCCUAGAGCUAGAGGAACGACACCCGAGGCACAGCCCACCAGCGAUAGGUACGACAAGUUUCCGAUGGUUAGGCCGCGCGACCCGUCCAGGUAUUACUCGCCCGUCCCUCAUCCCUACACUGAGGAUGACUGGGGUCCGCACGACUCACAACAAUCGCCCGGUGCUGAUGGUAGCCAACCACAGCAACAGGAAGAGCCACAAAGUCAACAAAAGGAUGAUACGAGUGAUGAUCAGCAACAGCCUCAACAACAUGAGGAUCAGCCUCAAGAGUCGGGUGACGGGGGCAAAGCUGCCAGCCCUACGUCCACAACACCUAAAGCGUCCAAAACUGCCAAAACUAAGCCCAAGACUACACCCAAACCUAAAGCCAAACCCAAACCGACUGCCGGUGACCAGAAAAGUAAGACAAACGCCAAACCAAAACCAUCAGCGAAACCAUUGCCACAGACAAAGUCCAGGACUACUGCCAGCCCUAAGACCAAGAGCACCACCACCACCACCACUGCCACCACUAGUACAACAGCUCCCGGUGCUGACGAGGACUCCACGCAAACCACUGAAGAGUCGGACGCCGUGACUACGGAACCUACCGGUGCUGACGACCAACAGUCGGAGGACAGCCCCGACUCCGACGCCCAACCGAUCAGUCAACAGAGGGAUACGGACGACGAGGACGUACCGCCCGGUGACGACGACUGCAACUGUACGCCAGUCCGGCGGCUAUUCCAGUGCAAGACUACCGGCGCGUUCAGAGACCCCAAGAAUUGUCGCACGUUUUACAAGUGCACCGAAACGGACGACGGAUUCACUGCCGAUCAGUACGACUGCGCCGACGGUAUGGCCUUCGAUGAGAAGUCCGGCAAAUGUGUCAAAGAGAGCCAAACCACUGCCUGUCCCCAGAAAAAGGCUACCGGCGCUCAAACAGAUGAUAGCAAAAAGGGCGGCGCCUCCGACCAGAUUAAGGAUAAGCCGAGGUUUACGCCGCGACCCACGUCUACGACACCCAAACCCCCCGCGAAGGGCAUGAAAAAGCCCACUCCUAAAGAUCUCAAAGCGACUGAACCCCCAGAGGACGAGGAGUCGACCCCCGCCUCCACGACCACCACUGCCACCAGCGAUGCCACCACUGAGUCGUCCACUAAAUCGUCGGAUGAGACGACACCUGAAGACUCGGCCACAAAGUCGUCGGACGAGACGACAACCGCCGAGUCGUCGACGGACUCCACGAGCACUGCAUCGCCGGAGUCGACGACCAGUGCCGACACGACCAGCGAGUCGUCGGCCGAGACAUCGACGUCCGCACCGCAAGAAUCGACUACAGAAUCGGCGACUCAGUCGUCAUCGGAGGCGACAACUGCUGAGUCUUCGUCGGAGGCGUCGACACAAACAUCAACUGAUUCCUCGUCAGAGACCACAACCUCCGAGUCCUCCACCGAAACGACGAGUGAGAAGAGGUCUGACGAGUCGACCACACCAUCCAGUGAUGAGACAACUGCCCAGCCCUCGGACACUACCACUGAAUCCGAUGCGACCACAGAAUCACCGGAAGAUCAGACCACAGAUGAGUCGUCGCCUAAGAAGUCGACGAAAGCUAAGCUCAUGAAGACAUCGACGGCGCCCACCGUUCAGGAGGAGGAUCAACACGAGGAUGAGGAGGACGACAGCAGUACUACCACAACGACAGCCAAACCCAAGCCCUCCGGCCAGAAGAAGAAGACAAAAGCGCCGACAAAAUCCAAGUCAACCACACCAUCGACUCAAGAGGAAGAGCCCGAAGAGUCGGACAAACCCUCCCAAAAGCCCACCCAAAGGCCGACGUUUAGACCCCGACCCAAGUCGACCACUCCCUCAGCCGCUGAUGAGACACAGGAACCGGAGGAGCAGCAGAAAGAGGAUCAGACAUCACAGGAACAGACGUCCGAUGAACAGACACCUGAAGAGCAGACCACUGAUGGUCAGACACCUGAUGACAGCCCCGACUCGCAAACCGGUGGCCCAUCGCGAGACAAACCGAAGCCUACGCCCGAAGAUCAGACACAACAACAGGAAAUGGACGGACAGGUAGGCGACGAACAACAGCCUAUCCAACAACAACACGAGGAUGAGGUGCCCGAAGAGCAGCAAGCGAUGGACACGUCGUCCACUACCGCCCGACCCAGACGUCCACCACCGCCGCCGCCCCCACCGGCCGAUGAGACGCAGCAACACAUACAACAGGAACAGGACCUACAGGUGCCCGAAGAGCAACGACCGGCCGGUAGACCAGCACAGAGACCAUCCGAUUAUCCCAUAGAACAGGAAGAGGAGCCGAUGUAUGGGCAGGACGUGGACGCGUCCAAUAGGCCGGGCGGUCAAUACGCGCCGAUACCGGAGCGCAAUACAGAUCCCGGUGCCGGUGGUGGUGGCGAUGGUCCAUCACAGGGACAGUCACCCAAAUCGGGCUUCCAGUGCACUCGAGAGGGCUUUUUCAGAGAUCCUAACGAUUGUAACGCAUUCUUCCGGUGUGUCUCUCAGUUCGGUCUCCAGAGGUUUGACUUCAAGUGCGGGGAAGGCCUUCAUUUCGACGAGCGGUACAGUGUAUGCAAUUGGCCGCAGGCAGCCUACCCUCCCUGUCAAGGGGGUGGCGGCUCAUCGGCUCAGAGACAGCCCUCGCAAUCAUCGCAACAACCGGACAGUAGUCAGGGUUUCAUUGAAUACAGUCCUCAGGAGUCGCGGCCAUCGGGCGAUCAGCGGCUGACUAGUGAUAAUCAAGUGGCGGAACGACAGCCCAUAAAAGGCGCCCCUCAAAUGGAGGGCUCAGGUAGUGAUAAACCGGUAUUUAAUCCCCGGCCACAACCCCAACAACAACCACAGGAACCACAAGAAUAUGAUAACAAUAGCCCGCAAACCGAUGACACAAACGCACCGCAAAGACAAUCAGAGGCCACAAAAGGUGGUAAACCUCAGAGUCAGUCAAAAGAAAAGGCACAGUCGAGGCCGAGACGGCCCCCACCUCCCAGACCACCCACAAAGGGAGGGCAGAAAACACCAUCCAAGCCAUCGGAGCCCAUGAAAGACAACAGCAAACAAUCGGACCGCAAGAGUGGCACAAAAGUUGCCGCAAAUUCACGACAAAAGCCUAAACCCAAUGUUAAGGAACCGAUGAGAGCACCGGUAGGUAAUGGACAGCAGCAACAGUCGAAGAGUGGACCUAAAUUCAAUCCCCGGCCACAGUCACAGACAAAAGGAGGCGCCUCUCAGACCAGUCCCUCGAAGAAUGAUAGGAAAAGUGCGUCAAAGGGUGGAAAUGGAGGUCAAAAGCCACCCAAACCCUCACGACAGGAGCCGAUGAGAGAUAAACCGUCGGCGCGAUCGCAGAGGAAACCCGUUUUCAAUCCCCGGCCGCCGACCAGCAAAACCAAUGGCAACAGUAAAGGCGCGCCGGAAAGGCAUCAACGAAAAGGCAGCGCUAAUCCCAGCCCUAAUGAACGGUUAAGAGGUGGUACCAAAUCGGGCGCCCAAUCGCCGCAACGACAGCCGCCAAGAAAAACUACCGGCGCUCAGAGGCAACCCAAUCAACGCCCGAGACAGCCAAAGGCUAUGAGGGAUAGAGGAGUGAAGUCGGCGCCGACACCUCAACAACAGCACCAGGAUUUCGAGGCGCAGGAGUCGCAGCGAGUGGUGGCUAAGAGUUUGCUGCGACCGCAACGGCGCGUAGGGAACGGUAGCCCGAAAUCAGGUACCGGUGCCGCCGCUGUUGUCCAGUGUGUGGUCGAAGGCUUCUUCCGGGACCCCAACGAUUGCAGCAAAUUCUUCAGGUGUGAGACGAGCGCCGGUAUUAUGAGACGACACGACUUCGCCUGCCCUCCCGGCACCCACUUUGACGCCACGAAAGGUAUGUGCAAUUGGCCCGCACUGGUCAGGCCUAAGUGUGGCACCGGUAGUGGCGGUGGACAGUCGUUUGGUAGCAGUAAUAAUGUGGUGAAUAAUGAAGUAAAGUAUAGGAAUUACUAUAAGAAUAAUAAACGUGUGAAAGAUAUGUGGGAACAGGAGUCCAGAGUUGUGCCCAAAGCUGUUCAGUAUAAUAGUGGAGGUAAUGGCCCCAAUGCCCGACCCGUUUGGCCUAAUUAUAGCCAAUACUGGAAUAGAAAUUAUGGUUAAUAUAAAUGUUUAGUUUUAUUAAUGUAUUGUUUUUUGUAUUAAAAUAUAUUUUUUGUAAUGAG